UCGAAACCACUUUUAACGUGUUCAGGAUUAGUUAUUUCGGAAAAAGAAGGAGACGGGCAGUAUACUAGCGGGGUUCUCCUUAAUGCACUUUCUGCAUUUUGGAACUCUUUUUAUGAUUUUUGCACUAGUGGCAAAGACGAGAGAGUUCUAGUCAUCAGGCACGACUUGCAGGUUGCUGAGUGGCAAGCCAUAGUCAGAACAACUGUCAAAAGGUAUCAACAAGUUGGUUUAAUUCCAAUUAAAUUAGGCGAAGCCUUUACAACAGCCUUUCUUUUUGGCGAAGAAGCUGUAAAAGAAUAUCUUUUGUUGGAAUCCUUCCUAGCAUACCUCACUAGUGACGAAAGAGAACUGGUUAACCUCUCUCUGAAUGGGAAGCUGGACAAAGAAAAGGAAAACGAAUGGCUAAAUCUUCUGGAACGUUUUAACUGUGAGACUGUUCCCAAAGCAAAACAAGUCAAAGAUGUCGUCUUGGAGAUUGCCCACAAAGAGUUCAUUCAAACUCCAAGAUAUAUUGUAGACAGCUGA